GCGAGGCGAGGCGAGCCGCUGGACGACAGCCCAGAGCCUCCCUUCCCCUCUUUUAACCCCCGCCCUCCCCGUUCCCUUUCUUUCGCCGUCUCCUCAGUCGGUCAGCCACCAAGCCGGGAGGGAGGCGAGGGAAAAGGCACUGAAACGCUUCAAAAUGGCCCGUCCCUGAGGGAUUAGCAGAGCUUUCCUCGAGGAGCGGCAGCGGCAACAACCUCGGCUCGACGAAAGGGGACUCCUUUGCAGUUGCUCCGCCGAGGCGCCUUCUUGUUGGAACGGACUCCCUCCCUUCUCCAAUGGUCCAAAGUGACCUGUCCAAAUCGCCUCCCAUCCCAGAAGUAGCGGCGGCGGCGGCGCAAGAGAUGCAGAUGGACCCCCUCGAGAACCCCCCGGCGCUCGUUACGGCGCUACAGUCUUAUGGCAAAGGUGCAAGAAGAAAAAACAGAUUUAAAGGCUCAGAUGGGAGUACAUCUUCUGACACUACCUCAAAUAGUUUUGUUCGACAGGGUUCAGCGGACUCCUACACCAGCCGUCCGUCUGAUUCAGAUGUAUCUCUUGAGGAGGACAGAGAGGCAGUGCGGAGAGAGGCUGAACGACAGGCCCAGACACAGCUGGAAAAGGCAAAAACAAAACCUGUUGCAUUUGCAGUCCGGACUAAUGUUAGUUACAGUGCAGCCCAUGAUGAUGAUGUCCCAGUUCCAGGCAUGGCCAUCUCAUUUGAAGCGAAAGAUUUCCUACACGUUAAAGAAAAAUUUAACAAUGACUGGUGGAUAGGACGAUUGGUAAAAGAAGGCUGUGAAAUAGGAUUCAUACCAAGUCCAGUCAAAUUAGAAAACAUGAGGCUGCAGCAUGAACAAAAGGCUAAGCAAGGAAAAUUUUACUCUAGUAAAUCAGGAGGAAAUUCUUCAUCCAGUUUGGGUGACGUGGUACCUAGUUCCAGAAAGUCUACACCUCCAUCGUCUGCUAUAGAUAUAGAUGCCACUGGUUUAGAGGCAGAAGAAAUUGACACUCCAGCAAACCAUCGCUCCCCCAAACCCAGUGCAAACACUGUCACAUCACCCCAUUCCAAAGAGAAAAGAAUUCCCUUCUUUAAGAAGACAGAGCACAUCCCUCCAUAUGAUGUAGUGCCUUCUAUGCGACCAGUCGUUUUAGUGGGGCCUUCCUUAAAGGGAUAUGAGGUGACGGAUAUGAUGCAAAAAGCAUUAUUUGAUUUUUUAAAACAUAGAUUUGAAGGGCGUAUCUCAAUCACACGGGUCACAGCAGACAUCUCGCUUGCCAAACGUUCAGUAUUAAACAAUCCCAGCAAGCAUGCGAUAAUAGAACGAUCCAAUACAAGGUCAAGCUUAGCUGAAGUUCAGAGUGAAAUUGAACGAAUAUUUGAAUUAGCAAGAACAUUACAGUUGGUAGUACUUGAUGCUGAUACUAUUAAUCAUCCUGCUCAACUUGGCAAAACCUCCCUGGCACCCAUUAUAGUGUAUGUAAAGAUUUCUUCUCCAAAGGUUUUACAGAGACUGAUAAAAUCCCGAGGCAAAUCUCAGGCUAAGCACCUUAAUGUUCAAAUGGUAGCAGCUGAUAAACUGGCUCAGUGCCCUCCAGAAAUGUUUGAUGUGAUUCUGGAUGAGAAUCAGCUUGAAGAUGCUUGUGAACACCUGGCUGACUAUUUGGAAGCAUACUGGAAGGCCACACAUCCCACUAGCAGCCACCCUUCUAAUCAGCUCCUCACUCGCACAUUGGCAUCUGCCACUCUUCCUAUCAACCCAGGGCCAAAUGUUAAUUUACAGGGCUCUCAAGUUGAUCAGAGGAAUGAGCAAUCAGCCACUGAAAGAACUGGUUCACAGGGGGAAGAAGAAGCACGAGUUGAACCCACCAGGAAAUCUCAGCAUCGCUCUUCCUCUUCAGGACAUCAUCAUAACCAUCGUAGUGGGACUAGCCGUGGUUUAUCUCGACAAGAAACUUUUGACUCAGAAACACAAGACAGCAGAGAUUCAGCAUAUAUAGAACCAAAAGAGGACUACACACAUGAACCCUAUGAUUCUCAUAGAGAUCACAAUCACAGGGAUGAGCCCCAUGGGGUCAGUGAUCACAGACAUCGAGAAUCAAGGCAUCGAUCAAAGGAAAGGGACCGAGAACAGGACCACAAUGAAGGCAACAAACAACGUAGCCGUCAUAAAUCAAGGGACCAGUACUGUGACAGGGAUGGCGAAGUGGUACCUAAGAAACGUAGUGACACAGUGGAAUGGAAGAGAGAUGUGUAUAUCCAUCAGUAACACUUGCCUCUGACAGUUUUGUGUUUCUUUUGAAAUUGGGAAUUGAGAAAGCUCCUUAAAAAUAAUCUCAGUUUUUCAGUGCAGAAUGUGGUAUCUUGUAUGCUGAUUUUAAAGUGCUGGUGCUUUCAAGGCAAUGGCAUAAAAUAGAAUUUUCAUUUUGAUUAAUGCUGUAAGACACUGGCAUAGUACAACUGCAAGGUUUCUGAAGUUAUGCUAUGCUAUUUUUUUUUCCAAACUGAUUCUGGUAGCUGCCAUUUAAACAGAUAUCUGUUGCCAUCAAGGUGGUGUUAGUGUUUUUAGAUAAAAUACAAUUAGUGUUUAAUACUUUUCCCCAUUUUUCAGCAAGCCAAAAUCGGCACAUUCAAACUGAAGCUCUCAUUGGCUUUUUUUUUUAAUCUGUAGGCACCUGAUUUGCAUAUUGAUUUAAGAACCACUUUCUGUUGCGUGUUCCUCUAGCGGACUAUAUUUUUAAACAAUUCAGUCUUGCCUUAUACACAGGGGAUCAUAAAGUCAAAAUCUCUUUUCUAUGUACUGGUACUGUGUACUGUAUAGGCAGUUUAUAAAUGUUAUUUCUGCAGACACCUUCUUACAUAAGAUUGAUCACACUGUUUUAGAAUCCUAAUGCCAAGUCAGCAGAUUUGCUUAUGAAAUACAGGCGACUGGAAAAUGGGUAGCAGUGUUCACUCUAGACAUACUUUCUUGUACUUAGUGUAAAUAGGACUGACCACUUUAGAUAACAGGUUGGAUUCUUGUUGCAAACGUAUCAUCUUUGCAUUUUAAAUCUAUGACAAAAAUAACGUGACACUGUAAAUGGUCCUGCUGUGCACAGUACUUAAUUGCUCUGACAGCACACAGCUGUUUUUUUUAUCAACUUGACAGGCAAUGAUUGACAUGGUCUGUGUGUCUGAAAGAGUGUGUAUGUGUGUGUAUGAGGGAGGGAGGGAGGGAGGAAGGCAUAUUGAGAGAUACCUGAGGGUCAUCCCAUAUCUUAUGAAUCUGCCACAAUUAUCCCAUGUGUAUGCUUAGGCAUGAGAUCUUGUCAAGAAGGAGUUUGAAUGGCUACUCUUUCUUAUACAAGAAGUGUACCAUCUUCUACUUCAAGCAUGAUCUCAACAACAAAAUGAGGAAAUUAGGGUCAAAUCAUAGUGCAUCAAUCAGCCCCAAGUAUACAUUAUUAUAGAAUCUAUGUGGGUUUUUUUCUUGCUGUUUUUUAACUCAGAAGUUCAAGAUUGCAGGCAAGUGACACGAGAAAGUUUACGGCUAACGGGUAAUUGGGAAAGCCUCAAUCUGCUGGUUCUUUUUUGAGGAUCCAGGAAAGUUAAAAACACAAGCAAAUGUGACUGUGAGUGUUUCACUGGAAAUGUAAACUUUUUGUGUUCUAGAGUAUUUGUUUUAGUAAGACAAGUUUACACAGCUUGUGGAGAGUUAUUUUGUUGGAAAAUAAAUUUUGUAGCUUCUCUGCUUUUUCUA